AUGCGGGAGGAAAUCGCGAUCCUCGAGAAGUGCUAUACGGAUGAACGGGUCGCUAAUAGGCAAAUGGCCAAUGAGCUGAAGGGUAAAUGCUUGGAUAAUUGCUACGAAUAUUGCCGUGCGCUACGAUAUCAAGACCACGAUAUAACCGCGCUGAUGCGUGAGCUUGAAGAGAAAAUAAUGGAGUUGGAGCGACGGUUCCCCCGCGACGACCCGGCCGUCGAUGACACCAGCUCCGACAACCUACCUGCGUCGCUUAUGGAAAUGUUAUGUUGUGCCCCUAAGCGUGUU